CUGCUGCUGGGCUUCCGGGAGGGCCGGGCCCUCGAGACCCCACAAGUCAGGACCCUGGCCACGAAGAAGGCCAAAGCUAAAGGGAAAAGUCAGGCCCGUGUGAACAUCAACACUUCCUUGGUAGAGGACAUCAUCAGCCUAGAAGAGUUAAACGAAGAAAUGAACUUGGUGGUCAAAACCCUACAGGAAAAUUUCAACAAAACUUUGAGCAUCAGGACAAACCCAGGGGCUCUUGAUUCGAUCAUCGUUGCCACCAAGGAUGGGAAAUUUCCGUUAAACCAGCUUGCACAAAUCUCCCAGCAUUCUGCGCAGCUCCUUGUGGUUAACAUGAGCAGCUUUCCAGAAAGCACAGCUGCGGCCGUUAAGGCUAUCCAACAGAGCGGGAUGAAUCUCAACCCGGAAGCGGAUGGGCUCUUGAUUCGCGUGCCAGUUCCAAAAAUCACCCGUGAGCACAGGGAGAACUUGGUCACGGUCGCCAAGCAGCUCACUAACAAGGCCAAGGAGUCCCUGCGUAAAGUCCGCACCGGGGCCAUGAAUCAGGUGAAGAGAGCCAAAGGAACCACGUCGGAAGACACCAUCCGAUUGAUAGAGAAGCAGAUUCAGCAAAUGACUGAAGAUGCCACAGAGGAAAUGGACAAGCUAUUGGCAGCAAAGAUGAAGGAGCUGCUUGUCUAGAGUCUGUCUGUCUGUCUCUCUCUCUCUCUCUCUCCCUCCCUCUCUCUCUUUCUCUCUCUCUCGUACACACA